AUGUCCGAGCAAAAUAAAAUAUUACCUCGUCCCAUUUUCCGCCGAGAUGUGAGCUGGGAUCCUUUCCCAAACUGGACACAGCCGAGUCGUAUCUUUGCUCAGGAUUUUGGCCUCCCUCCUUUCCUGGAGCCGAGUGAUCUGGACUGGAUCGACUGGGCGAAGAGGAGACUGGCGUCUUUCUCCUGGCCGGGGUACGCGCAAUCUCCCCUUCUGCCUCCUUUCACCGGUCAGCACCCUGCGGCGUUGGACCAAAAGGGUCUGAGGCAACUGACAAGCGGAGUGUCGGAAAUCAGAACAGGGCAGGACAGCUGGAAGAUUAACCUGGACGUCAAUCACUUCUCGCCUGAGGAGAUCACAAUCACCACCAAGGAGGGCUAUUUGCAAAUCUCAGGAAAUCAUGAAGAAAGGCAGGAUGAGCACGGAUUGGUCUCGAGGUGCUUCACUCGUAAAUACAAGUUGCCACAGGGGGUGGACCUGCAGCACAUCAGUUCAUCACUGUCGGGUGAUGGCAUCCUGUCCGUAGAGGCUCCGGUUCCUGGAACCUCCGUCACCAAUCCGGGCAGCGAACUCGUCAUCCCAGUUCAGAUCAGACAGAAGCAGGACGGAGAAAAGUGAAACCAGUGAGGAAAA